AUGGAGCAACAGCAGCCGUCUACUUCAUACCAGCCACCGGUUAGUUUUUUUAUUUUUUUUCAUUGCUUGUUACAAAAAAAGAGAUAAUUUUUUUCAUUAAAAUUGAAGAAAAUAAAAUAUUAAACUGAAGAUAAUCUUCCAGGGAAGCAGUCAGCAGUACGCCGACAACGUUCCUGGUGAUGGAUAUCAGAAUUAUCCGAACAAUAUUCCUAACGAACAGCAGGGAAUGCCCAAAUAUCCAUAUCAAACGGGCGCCGAGUCGGUGGUGAAUAUUUUUUUUGUGAUUUUCCUCAUUUUUAAUGAAAAUUUCCGAAUGAGUGUACCCUAGAAAGCUGGGUGAAUUGUGUUUAAGAUCCUCGUGAUUCCAGAAAAAAAAACAACUUUGUCCUAUACUUAUUGUUUUCGUGUUGAGAUGCUUCAAAAGCUUAAAAAUUCCUUUUUGGCAUGAUUUCCAUGCUUCAAACCUUGAAGCUUCAUUAUUCGUGUAAUUUGCAGAUUUGAUGACUUAUAAAUCGAAAAAAAGCCCCCGAGAAAUUUUUCCUCUUGUUUCGUGAUCAAGAGCAGUCGAAGCUUUGCAAAAAUCAUAACUAGGCCCAAAUUUUUUUUUGAGAAAAAUAAUUCCUUUUCUGUUACCAGAGGGACAAGAUCUUGAUACCCUCCCAAAAUGAGCGUUAUUUGAAACACUAAAAUUUCCGACUUUUGAGAGUCCCUAACUUUUUCCAUAAACGUAUUGGGCUACUUCUGAGACAAGAUUUGAAUUCACCGUGAAAGACUACACCUAGAAAACCUAGUCUUAUUCAGAAGUCCCACUGUUCAGAUAAACUCUGACAAGUUAGAUCAAAAAUUCAACCAAAAAAAAAAAAUGUGUCCUCCAAUUUUUGUUUUUCCUGCAGCAAUACCGCAAAACUCGCGCAAAGGUCUCGCGAUUGAACCGGAACUUGUCCCCUGGACCGAUCAAAAAUCCAAAAACGCCGACGACCGUUUCGCCGGUAAAGGAGAAAAAUGACAAGGAACUCCACAAGUGGUUCUGGGAGAUGCAGCGACACAAGAUGGAGAACAUGGAUGAGGUGAUCAAUUCGCUUUUUUUCUCUUCGAAACGGAUUACCAACCCCUAUAGGGGCCACUAAGGCUUGCGAAAGUGUUCCCUAUAUGGAGCAUGCAAAACGAUACAUUUUAUGUACUCCAUGAGAAGAAACAUUUCCAUGCUAAACAAUAAUAUGCUUUUUUUAAAUGAAGUUGAAAGAACCCUAUAGGGAACACUCAAGCUUCAAUAGCUAAUUAGGGACCACUAUAGGGACCAUUUUUUCGGCAACUUUGUGGGCUGUUUUUCGUUCUAACCCUAUGGAGACCACUAUGGAAUUCCUAAGUAUGGAAAAAAAAGAAAGUUCGUUUUAGGACUCGAUUCGACAUCAUUGUCGCCACAUGAACCUUCCGAUGGCGCGCGUGAAAAAAAUCAUGAAGCUCGACGACGAAGUCAAGGGAUUGGUCAGUUUAAUAUUCAUGACUCAGGCGGAUCCGGGUUUUCCUGGUCACAUUUAGAAACAUUUCAGAAGCUUGGAGAUAUUUUUUGAAGGUUAGAGAAGUCUCAUAAGAACUCAGAAGGUUCUAUAUUAAUAUGAUUUAGAAGGAAUAAUGUGAAAUAUUCUGGAAGUCGCGUAUGAAUUCUUGAACUGUACAGAAGGAUCUCUAUAAUGGACUAGAAGGACUUAUCAAAAAAGAAACGUAGAAGCAAUUAGGCUAGAACAUAAAACUCAAUCCUGCCUCAGAUUUGAGAAAAGUGAGUUUUUGCAGAUGAUCGCCUCGGACGCGCCGGUUUUCAUGUCGGCCGCCUCCGAGAUGUUCGUCCAGGAAAUGACCAUGUUGGGCUGGCAAGUGGUGGAUGAGGGUCGUCGCAAAACUAUGCAAAAAGUUCUUUUUUUACUUUUUCUGUUCGGAAAAUUCCAAAGAAAGGAUCAAAGUUGCACGGGGAAUGGCUGAAGUUCUUUUAAAUAAAAAGAGCCGAUUUGAAAAUCUGCAGAUUUCUAAAAAAGAACAUGCUAAAAUGCGAUUUCAAAAAAAAAAUGCCCUUACCCCUGUUUUGAAUAACAUAAGUAUUUUCCUGCUUCAAAAAAAAAAUUCCAGGCUGAUUUGGUCUCGGCCGUCCACAAAAACGAACAAUUUGAUUUCCUGGUCGACCUCCUGCCCGCUGACGCCAAUAAAGUUGGUUUUUUCUGAAUAUUAUCACGAUUAUCGAAUGGUUUUUCAGCAAUCAAAUGGCGUGACUGUGGCCAAUUUGCCGCAAACCGGAAUCACCGACGAUGGACAACAGAUUCAGUAAUUUUUUGGCGGUUUUAUCGAAGAAAAAAUACUGAUUUUGAGAAGCAAUAAUUGGAAAGAAGCAGCAAUCUAUGAGGGGAAAAAAAUUCAGGGAUUUUUGGUCAUUUUUUUCGAAGGAAAAAAAGUCCAUUUUGAAGUAAAAAGUAAUUUUUUUGCUCAUUGUUCGAGCGGAAUAAUGAAGAAUUGAAGAAGAAAAAUUCAGUAAUUUUUUUGGUGUUUUUUUGGAGAAAAAAGUGAUUUUUGGUCGUUUUUUGAGGGGAAAAGUUGAUUUUCGUACGUUUAUGUGAUUUUUUUGAGUCUUGAUAAUUAUUUCUAAAGAAAAAAAUGGCGAUCCAAAAAUACCUUAAAAAAAUUCACUUUUUCAUAAUUUUCAAAAAUUCCCUUCAAGUUUCAAACGUUUUUUUACGACAUUUUUUUCGCAGAUACUCACUAAAAACUAAUAUAGCGAAUUUUAUUGAAACGCUUUAGAUUCUACAAAUAGGGGGCUUUUGGAAAUUCGAACUGGAAAGUUUUUUUUAUUGGUUUCAAGAGGAAAAUGGCCUUUUUUGAUGGUUCCACAACUUUUUCUAAAGAUAUUUGAAAAUUUUCCUGAUUAACCAUGCUUUUCUUUGUAGAUAUGUGAUUGCGGAUCCUUCAAUCGUGACGGGAAAUCAUGUCUAUCAGCUCGACGAUGGUCAAUACGUUCAAGCGACCCCCAUCGGCAACCCGAUUCCCUUAGGUUUGUUGAUGAAAAUUGAAAGUUGAGCUUGGAAAUGUAGCUUUUGAGCAUUUUUCUUGUUAGAAAUCGUGUAUUGAGCUUAAAAUGAAGAUUCCCUGGAAAUUUUCUAGUUAAAAAUUCAUAAUUUAGCUUUAGAUGAAGCUCUGGAAUGCUUUGGAAAAAAACAAAUAACUACUCUCAGAUUCUAAGAUUUACCUUAUUAAAAAAAUCCGGAAUUAAGCUUGCAAAAAUGUAUGAUUCGAUUUGAAAAAUCAUGUUUUUUUCAGGGAAGAUUUGAAAAACUUUGGUCAAAAAUACUCUGAAAAAGCUCAAAAGCUUAGCUUUCAUUCAAGAAAAACGUAGUUUUCAGGAUUUUUUUCCCUCUAAAAAAAUUACAAAAUUUACUUCAAAACCAAGCUUCGAUUGAAAAAAACAAUAUUUCACGUUCGAGAAGUGGGUCCCCUCUAGGGAACCACUUAACCAACCCCUGUAUGGGCCCCUAAAGUUUGCACAAGUGAUCCCUAUAGGGGUUUUAGUGGCGCCUUGAGGGGGCCUGCUAGUCGAUAAUUCUUAUGAACUCUAAGCGAAGAAGAAUUUCCAUGCGAAAAAUUACAUAAAUAAGCGUUUUGAAGGAAGUUGGAAGACCCCUAUAGGGACCACUCGAGCUUUAGGCGCUAAGGGGUCAGAUCCUAAAUUCCUAUAGGGACCACCUUGGUUUUAGCCCUAUAGGGACCACUUUUUCGGUUCAUAUAGGGGCUCUUUUUUCCUACCCCCGAUAGGGACCACUCUAAAAAUCCUAAGUCUGUAAAAACUAUAUUUUUCCACGAUGGAAACCGAAAUUUCAGCAUGAAAUUGAAGAUUUUAUGAUGAAUUUUCUUGAAGUUAAUCGAAAGUUCAUUUUGGAAACCGAUUUUCGAUCAUUCUAUAGAUCAUAUUUUUCCAGGGGCCGAAGGAUCGGAGGUACACGAACUUCCUCCAGGUAUGCAGUUGAUCCAGGUGACGGACGAAGGUGUCUUCGUUGCUCCCACCGAUCAAAUGAAUUGAUUAAUUAAUGAUUUGUACUUUUUAAUUGUGUUCUUGCUUCACUUCCUCACGAUAAACUAAUUUUUUUGGGAUUUUCCGGUGGAUCUGUCUGGUUAUUGGCUCGUUGCCAAGUAUGUUUGUGAUUGGUUUUGAUAUUUUUUGAAAUUUUCGAUUAUUUGUUUUAAUAGAAAUGAAUCUUUUAUCACAGAGUGAAAUUGAGUUGAUUCUUCGAAAAUUGAAAGUUAAAAACAGAAAUUUGUUUGAGUUUAAGCUCGAAACUUGGAGAGUUAGAGAGCGUUCAAAAAUGAGAGGUUUUUUUUCUCUGAACGCCCUCUUGUUUCCCAGUACUCUCUAACUUAGAAGAUUCGAAAGUAAACUCAAGCAUUGAAAUUUUUUUCGGAUACUUCCUCGGAAACGUCAGAGCGGUCCCUAUAGGGGAUAGGCGGAAAAACAACCGAAAAAGUGGUCCCUAAAGGGGUAAAGUUCAGGUCGCUCCUAUAGGGGUUCAGGGUCUGAUCCAUAACUCCCUCUAAGUGCAAGUGGUCCAUUUAGGGGUCUUCAAUUUUUUUGAUGUUCCGCUUUAAAAGUAAAAAAAACGUAUAGGAACCCUAGAGUGGCCACUUUUGCAAGCUUGAGAGCUCCCUAUAGGGGGAGGUACAGAGGGGAACCUUCAAGUGCACCUAAGGUUAUUACUAGGGCGUUUCUGAGUUUAGAAUUUUCAUUUUAGGUUCCAUCAAAAAGACCCUAUUCGCUUUCAGAAUGUGGCAAUCAAAGGAAGAAGUGGAAAAAGCGCGAUCGCAACGACAGAAAUUGAAACGGAAAUCCCUGGCGACGGCGUCCUGAAGCCGACGUCGUCGCCAUGUUCACGCACAACAAACCGUUGGCCUUGGAGAAGAUCACUUUGAUCCGUCACGACAACGACGACAACCGCACAGCCCCACUCUACAGUGUGAAACAGGAGGUGUGGCUUGGAAAUGGCCUGAAAAAAGCCUGUUAUUUUAACGUCAAGUCGUAGCUAAGCUCCGCCCCUGAUUUCGUAAUGAACCAAUCAGAGAGCGAGCCAUCCACAGAGCUUUUUCGAAUGACGUCAUUGUUCUUGACAUUCAAAACCUGACAGACUUUAGUGCGUUCCGCUCGAGAAAGUCAUUGUUUAAAAACACAGUCCAAAAAAAGCUACCGUAACACAAAGAUUUUUUCUGCACGGUUACUCUACGAAACUAGAUAAUAGACCGAAAUAAACUGAAGGAAAGCGAACUUGAGCUUCGAAAGUUUCUUUUAUUUCGAAAAACUUCAUAAACGACUAAAAACAGCCUCGCUUCUAGGCCUCUGACCGUGUCGUGGAACUGGGCCAGGAGGUCAACUGUAUAGAAGAAGGAUUCGACUUUGCCAUCGCGAUCGUCGAUAAAGAGACCGGAGAGGUGACGAUGAAGCCGGCGAGAGUUUAUCAGUUCGAGGGACGGAGUGCCGAGGACGCCAGUGAUCUCACCAUGCCAAAGUUUGAUCCAGUUCAUCAUGUUUUCAUUUUUAGGAGUGAUAAGUUAUCUUCUAUAGACUUGAAGUUCAGUUUUCUAGGAGUAGAAAAUGGCAAAUUUUAAUCUAGAAGCCUUUCCCUUUUAAAAAUGGUAACGGAAAGAAGGGAAUGAAAAAAAAGGGAACUUCAAAAUUACUUCAAUGGGUUUUUUUUUGACACGGAAAUUGGUUCUUUUUUUUGUAAAUCUUCUUAUGUACAGUACCGUGCAGUAAGAUAUACAAUUUCACUUUUUUUCGUCAUACCAGGAAUUUUCCUAUUACCGUCAAACUUUCUACAGCUGUUUCAUAUGGGUCCAGUUCCCAAAAAAAUUAGUAGCUCAAUUUUCUAGUAAGUUGCAGCCUGAGACCUGAAAUCAACGAAAUCUCCAAAACUGAAAAAUUGGUCGAUUCACGCUAGGAAACAGUUUUUGAACCCAUUUUUAUGGUUCAACGAAAGCUUUAAAGUUCAUUGUACCAUCUCUUGCUCAACUCUAAAUCUAGUACCCAGAAUAAAAAAAAGCUCCAAGUUCAGACGACCCUGAUUUUUGGGAUUUUCGGAUUAUCGAGUUUUUCACAAAUUUUCUGAUGGAUUUCUACUCUUGAACUUUAUUAAUGAAGCUUUCAAGCCUUGUAUAAGUUCAGUUAAAACAGGAAUAUUUUUGGCCAGACCUUCAAAAACUGCGGAAGGAAAUUUCGAACAGACCAUAAAAUUCUGAGAAAAAAAAAUUUUUUUCAAGAUUUUUCGUACGAAUUUUUUUCUUCUUCACGAAGAGUGUUGAAAAGAAGACUAAUCCUGAAAUCCAGGAGGAAGUUGCCGACCAACUACGACAAGGACUAUUCGAUAAAAUCGGACAAAUGGGCGGAGAAACGACGACAACUCACCGAAAACUUUGGUUCGACGAAAAAACUUAAAAUCCAGGAGGCCGUCGUCCGCCGAACCAUCAAGACGGUUUUCGAUUGUUCAGGGAUUCAUCAAAUGAAGUUCUCUGUUUCAGGAAACUCUUGAUGAGAUGCGAAAGACGGCGUUCGCCUCCAAUUCCAACAUCAAGGACGAGGACAUCAAAGUCGACCAGAUCUCCUUGAUCAAUAAGGUUUUUCGAGGGGUUUUUGAAAAUAGCCUCGAAAAAUGAGCUAUUUAUAGAAAAACUAUUCAUUUGACAGAAGAUAGCCUUGAGUUAUAACUAGAAGAAGUGCGAAAUAGCCUUUCCAAAGACAAAUUUUAGGCGGAACAGUUGUUUUGCGACCAUUCUCGAGCCUUUUUGGGACCUUGAUCUCAGAAUUUCGGUCUUAAUUUUAUUGAAAAAUAUUCGUUAGUUGAAUAAUUUAAUCUUAGAUACUUCAUUUCCCUUUUUUAUUUUUUUUUUAAAGUGCUUUCAUUUCAUUUGUCUGUGGUAACCUUCAGAAAGAUUAGAGACUUCAGGAAGAUUAGAAAAUUUUUCUCAAUUUUACGAAAAAUAUUCGUUUUAAAAUCCUCUCAUAAUGGAUUUUUUGUUGGCGUUUUCUACCUCUUUCCUUGAAAAUGAAUUAUUUUUUUCUCAUCUGACUUUUCAGGCCGUCAGUUCGAUCCUUCCGCCGGCCGUCCAGGCGGAACUGGCCAGAGAUAUCUAUCCUUUGUCCACGUUUAUCAGUGAUGAGGAAAUCGAAAUUGUUUCUGACGACGCUUUGGAAUUGUUCAAGGACAAGAAAAAGAAGGAGUUGCUCGCCGCAGGUGGGACAUUUGCUGAGAAAAUUGAAAAAUAUCAUAGUUUUGAGUUGUGGAAUUUCGAUUGGUUGGUCAUUUUUAGAAAUCCCGAACUUUAAAGUUUUUGAUGCACAGAGAAAGUCCAAACGACUUUAAAAGACCUUAAGAAGGAGAGCCUAAAGCUCCUUUUUAAGUUUCUUAAAAAGGUGUCAAAACGUUUCUUGGAAUCUUCUUUUUCCCACCUUUUUACCGCCUUUUUUUUGAAACCUCCUUAAAAGGUCUAGAAAGAGAAGGCGACUUUGAGACCUUUUUAAGUCCUUUUUUCCAAAGGUUCUUUUUGAGACCUUUUGGAAUUUGCCUUUGUGAAUACCUCAUUCUUUAAGGAAGCGAGACAGUUUUUUUUUCACAUUUUACAAGAACUGGGCGGAAUUUUCUAGCGACUUUUUCAAGCGUUUAUUAUAAUCUUGGCUUCAAAUUUUUGAAAAAUGCAUUUUUGUCGAUUUUCUAGUGAUUUAAUAAUCGAGCGCUUAAAAAAAUAAUAAUUCAAAGAAAUAUCAGAUUUUCCUCCAAAUUGCUCAAAAGUUUCGUUGAUUCCAAUCGAAUUCCUAAAUAGAUGAGUUUUUUGAUACGUUUUUUCAAGUUUUUAGGAGUUCCGGAAGUUAUCAUCCCGAUUUUGUCAAAUCAACAAGACACCAAAAGAGCCGCUGGCUAUUAUUUGCUCUCUACGAUGGCUGAAUUGCUCAAGGUUGCUCUUUUUGCGUUCAAAUUCGGGAUAAUUAUGGAGAAAUUCGAAAAAAAAAGGUUUCUCUCAUAGUCAUCUCCAAGUGACCAAGGUACGAUGUUUUCUGUCAAACGAGGGCUGAAUGAAAAGGUAUUUUCUUAUCGUAUAUGAUAAGUAAAAUCACCGAAAAGGAAAGUUGGAGAAUGAAAUUGUUCUCCUUCAGAAAGAUUCGACACUAUUCAUGAAUUGACUUUUUCAUUAAACUAUACUUCAAAUCGUUUUUAUCGAUAAAAAAAUAAGCAAAUGCAUCAGGAAAGCUAGUUCAAACUGUUCAAUUUUUUUCGAUCUUUUCCGUUGAACUAGUUCGAUUUUUUUAAAAAAAUCUAAAAAAAUUAAUAAUAAGUUGAUUUUUUUAGGCUAUGGGAAAAGCAAGGCACGAUCUCGAGAAAAGAACUGAACGAACUGAAAAUGUCGAGCCUUCUGAGGCAGAAAAUCCAAACCGAAUUCUUCUUGGGUACUUUUUUCAAUUACUUUCGCAGAUUUUUUCACUAGAAUAUUUCGUCACAGUCGUGACUUUUUUUUCACGAAAUCUUCAAUUUUAUAUUUGUUAUUAUUAUUUUGUUAGAUUUCAGUUAGAUAGAUUGUUAGAUUUUUGUUUGAUGGAUUAUCGAUUAUUCAGAAUCGGAGUUCAACCGUGGUCUCAAUGGAAAAGGUCCUGAAAGAAUUCGUUUGGCCAAAGCUGAACGGGAUCGAUUUGUUUCAUAUACGUUGGCCUUGGCUCUUCAUCUUGGUUCGUUUCUGUACUUUAGAAGAUAUUCAUGAAGGGUGAAAAAAAGAGUGACUUCAGAAAUAUCCUUUCUAUGAACAAAGCAAAUUUCAUCGGCUUUGAAAGCACCAUUUUUGUUGCCUAGGACCCAAUUUCUAACGAGUUUCCCCCUAAAGAUUCCCAGGAUUUAUGCGUAGGCUGAAUGAAAGAUACUCUAAACUGCCUGUUUUCGAGCUUCUCGCGGGUAGCUUGUCCAACAUUCUACAUCGACCGAACCGUAGAAUUCUUCCUUUUGAUGCGCGUCUCUUGCAUUUCUGCAUGCGCCUUUAAUAUGACAAACAUAUUCAGGCAGAAAUGAAAAGCCAAUGUAUCGCCAAUCGUCUAAAAUUAGCUCUGUAAACGAGUGAAAUAUCCGUGGCUCUAUAUAUAUGUUGAAAUGAAGCCAGCUUUUAAGCGUGGAGAAUGAUGUGCGAUAGAGCGCACAAGCCAGAUAUCUAUCUAGAUUUGAGGAUUUUGUUUUCUUUUUCAGCCCCCGGUCAUCUGAUUCCCAUCACAGGCUGGCAAAUGGCGCUCAACUAUCCGCCGUCAAAACUCGAAAAGGUUCAUUUUUUUUCAUUAUGAAAGUACGAAACAGGAAAAUUAAAUGGAAAUUCAUGGAAAAAAAAAAAAAUACAAGGAGGGAAAGUCAGAAAAUGAUUUUUUUUUUUUGCAGAAAAAGGCCGCAAGUACUCCAAAGCCGUUUAUUCAAUUUAUUUUACUUUAUUGCACCCUUGAAAUUCAAUAUCUUUCUUUAAAAUGUCACACCAAAGAGUUAUUCGACUAUUUUCCAGCUCCUCGAAGGUCUUGGCUGUGACAUUCUGAAGCUGAACACAGAAGACGCCAUGCGGUACAUGUCCCUCAGGGCGGCAAGGCUUCUCCGACCGCCCAGCGCUGAGACAAAACAGCAGCAGAAACUUCGGAGGCGAUAA